AUGAAAGUCGCCAUUGUCGGUGCAACCGGGGAGACCGGGAGCUCCAUCGUCAAUGGCUUACUCGCAUCCACAGACACCAAAUUCGACAUCACUGCUUUGGUCAGGCCAACUUCGCUCAAAAAGCCAGAGGUGUUGGACCUGGAAAAAAGGGGCGUCAAGAUUGCGGCGGCCGACCUUUGUGGGCCCGAGGACGAAAUUACAAACCAGCUCAUCGGAAUCGAUGUGGUCAUUUCAACCAUCCUUGCGAGCGAGGUGAAGUACGAAAUACCCCUUGCCAACGCGGCGAAGAAGGCCGGCGUCAAGCGGUUCGUGCCGUGCUUCUUCGGACCGGUGAUGCCCGCCAGAGGCAUGUUGUGGUUCCGCGAUCACAAAGAAGACACGCUGAACCAUAUUCAAACGAUCUAUUUACCAUACACCGUCAUUGACGUCGGUUGGUGGUACCAGAUCAGCCUGCCACGCGUUCCGUCAGGUCGCCUUGACUCCGUCGCAGGCGUCACAGGCAACCGCAUUGCAGGGGAUGGAAGCACGGUCUGCGGUAGGACAGACUUGAGAGAUGUCGGCAACUACGUCGCCCGCAUUAUUGCGGACGUUCGCACUCUGAACCAAAAAGUCUUUGCGUAUACCGACUUGAGAACACACAACGAAGUUUACGACUUAGUUGAGAAGCUGAGUGGUGAAAAGAUUGAGAAGGAAUAUCUCUCUUCAGAACAGAUCGAGGCUGAGAUCGCCAACAAGGACAAUAUCGACAAACUAUCUGUGUUGCAAUUCCAGAAGUCGUGGGAUCUGAGGGGGGACAACACCCCUGAGUACGCGCGCUACCUAGGCUACCAACUCGCAAAGGACCUGUAUCCUGACUUUAAGGGUGUUUCGUUUGAAGAAUACUGUAAAGAAGCGUUGGAAGGUCGGUUGAAGCCGCUAUAUGAGAGGCGGCGUAAGGCUACUGCUGCUGCCUAG